CUGGGAACUCUUGUAGGUGUUCCUCCCGCUCCAGUGCUGAUGAGUUGCGAUGAAGAGAUCACGAGGUUACAUCACUGUGAGGAACCUCACGACAGGGGCUGCGGCUGCUCAAGAGGGAAUUGCCGCUGCGCAAAUGCGGAAUGCCACACUAGAAAAGAUAUCCUGUCAGAAGAGGACAUUUAUUGCUCGUGCCUCUCCAAGACACUGUGUCACACGUCCACACCAGUCACCGUGGGUUUCUACUCACCCUGUGGAACCCGCCUCAACUCAUUACUUGACCAGAUAGCAGGAUGCAUGCACAAGGAAUCCAUCCGAAGAGAAGAAAAAGAGUACAAGAAGACCCGCGAAAAGCCCCGCCUACCAGAAGGUGUGAACUACCUCACCCUCUUGUGGUACCUGAUCUUCUACGAACCGGUCAUCACUGAGGUCCACCUCAGGAGAAAGAACAUCGAUUUCAUCUUCAUGAGGUUCAGCGCCUGGCAAUAUGCCGGCAGUGACAAGCUGUGGGCGGGUCUGGUCACCACCCUGUGUGAUCACAUCCGCCAAAAGUUUGGGCCUCUCGCUCUGAGCUUCUACCACGUGGUGGGGAGCAGGCCGCGCUUUGCCUCCGGGUUCAGCCAAAAAGAGUGGAGAGUCAAAAAGAAAGUCGGUUGGACGGCUGGAGGUCUUGUGCUUGCCCUGUUGGCUGGCGUGGGCCUAGUCUCAAGCACGCUCUUCGUGCCGGGGAUCAGGGAUGGCAGUGCCUUGCAAAUCAUUGGCGCCACCAUCGCCGCUACUUCCGGCUCAGGGGCCCUAUUGUCCCUUGCCCCGGUGAUCAAGCACCUGAUUAUCAGCGAGAAGAAAAGAAUUGAGAGCCUGACCAGCAACCAGAAGUUUACCAGCCACCUUGGCUUCAUGAGCACGGUGAAGCACGAGAUUGAAACCCUCACCAACUUUGUGUAUUACAUGGAGAUCUUUGAGCGGCGGCGAUUGAGGAUCGUCUUCGAGAUCACCAGUUUGGACAUGUGCUACCCGGAAAGGGUGGUCGGGGUUCUGAACGCCAUGAACACGUUGCUAUCGGACACCAACGCCCCGUUCAUCUUCAUCCUGGUGGUGGACCCUUGCGUCAUCGCCUCUUGCUUAGAGCAAGCCAGCGUCAUGAAGGGGAUGGCCGACAACGGCUAUCUCUACCUCAAUCGCUCCGUGACGUUGCCUUUCUCCAUCCCAGCAAUCGGCAUCAGGUCGAAGAUACGGUUUCUGCACGAGGCCUUCCAGUCUCGGGAAGACCUGAUGUACCGGAUCAUCACAAAAAACAUGGAACAGGUAACCAGGAAGUCCAAAGGGAAAGACGCAGCCUUGACAGACAUGGAAAACUCGAUGGAAGUAGACCAGCAUCAAAUUGACGCUCAGGCCGUACAGUACAUCCACGAGGCUUUCCACUGCUUGCACGACGAGUUCGACUGCCUUUACAGGUACGUCCCGGACAGCAUUGUCCAAAUGAAGAGGAUUGUCAACACCAUUCCCAUUACCAUCCGGCUCAUGACCCAGCAGCAUUUGCUCCGGCACACCAUCUGUCCCCGGUCGGUGGCAGGCUGGGUGAUCUUGGCCAACCAAUGGCCGUGCCGUUUGAGCUGGAUUCUGCAGUGCAUGGAAGACAGGCUGCAGAGCCGCCCAACCCAGGACUAUGAGAAGGAGCCGAUGUGGCACAUCUUCACGGAGAAUUGCAAGGACCUCUAUUCCAACCACAAGGAGCUCCAGAACAUCAUGGCUUUGGACGGCGACCCGGAACUCUUCGCGAAGUUCUUGGCGUACGACUUCCCUUUCACAGUGCAGGAAGGGGAGAAGUACCUGAAGUAUACGGUCAACUUGGACCACUCCAUAAGGUGUCGGAUGGGGCAGCUGCGGUCGCUAGCUUCCUUGGAGAAGGACUACAGCAAAGAGGAAACUGGUACAGGCAGAAUGGUUUAACGACAUGGAUUUCAAGAUGUAUUCCAGGAAAACCUAUUGGGCUUUGUCAGAAACCUAGCUGUGGUGAUAUAACGUCAGUAACGGUAGGCAAGUUGUUUUGCACAGCACAGCAACGGAGAGGCCCUGAAGGCAUAGCCACUGCCACUGUGAACUGAGUAUGCGCUCUAGAAUGCGCCCCAGAACCCUCUGGGGU